UAACACGCCUGCACAAGAUAGUUUAUUCAGUCGACUAUAAAACUCUUCAAAGAGAAGGUGUCUCCACUUCAGUGUUUCAAGUCAUUCCACCAAACCUCUCAACAUGCGUGAAAUUGUCCACAUACAGGCUGGUCAGUGCGGUAACCAGAUUGGUGCCAAGUUCUGGGAAGUCAUCUCCGACGAGCACGGUAUUGACCCCACUGGUACCUACCACGGAGACUCUGACCUCCAACUCGAGAGAAUCAACGUUUACUACAAUGAAGCCACCGGUGGCAAAUAUGUACCACGUGCAAUCCUUGUCGAUCUUGAGCCAGGUACCAUGGACUCCGUCCGAUCUGGCCCAUUCGGACAGAUCUUCCGACCAGACAACUUUGUGUUCGGACAGAGCGGAGCCGGUAACAACUGGGCCAAGGGUCACUACACAGAGGGAGCUGAACUCGUCGACUCCGUCCUUGACGUAGUCAGGAAAGAGGCUGAGAGCUGCGACUGCCUUCAGGGAUUCCAACUUACACACUCCCUUGGUGGUGGUACCGGGUCUGGUAUGGGAACACUCCUCAUCAGCAAGAUCCGUGAAGAAUACCCCGACAGAAUCAUGAACACCUUCUCCGUCGUACCAUCACCAAAGGUAUCUGACACCGUUGUUGAGCCAUACAACGCCACACUCUCAGUCCAUCAGCUCGUUGAGAACACCGACGAGACUUACUGCAUUGACAACGAGGCCUUGUACGAUAUCUGCUUCAGAACCUUGAAACUCACCACCCCAACAUACGGUGACUUGAACCAUCUCGUCUCUGCGACCAUGUCUGGAGUCACAACUUGCCUCAGAUUCCCAGGUCAGUUGAACGCCGAUCUCCGUAAAUUGGCCGUCAACAUGGUCCCCUUCCCACGUCUCCACUUCUUCAUGCCCGGAUUCGCUCCACUUACCUCACGUGGUAGCCAGCAAUACAGAGCUCUUACCGUCCCUGAGCUCACCCAACAGAUGUUCGAUGCCAAGAACAUGAUGGCUGCCUGCGACCCACGUCACGGCAGAUACCUUACGGUCGCCGCUAUGUUCCGUGGACGAAUGUCCAUGAAGGAGGUCGACGAACAGAUGUUGAACGUCCAGAACAAGAACAGCAGCUACUUCGUUGAAUGGAUCCCAAACAACGUCAAGACAGCUGUCUGCGACAUCCCACCACGUGGUCUUAAGAUGUCAGCCACCUUUGUCGGAAACAGCACAGCCAUCCAGGAACUCUUCAAGCGUAUCUCUGAACAGUUCACCGCUAUGUUCCGUCGUAAGGCUUUCUUGCAUUGGUACACUGGUGAGGGUAUGGACGAGAUGGAAUUCACUGAAGCCGAAUCAAACAUGAACGAUUUGGUCUCUGAAUACCAACAGUACCAGGACGCCACCGCCGAGGAGGAGGGAGAAUUCGAUGAGGAAGAAGAAGAGGCUUAAACACUUUCAAUAAUAAAAAAAGACAAUUUCUAAAUACAUCUGCCAUAUUUGUCACUACGCAUAGCGAAAUCAUUACGUCAGCUGUAUAAUUUACUUUAAGAAGACAAAUUAUUCGACAAAUUCAAUUACAUAAUAAAACAAUUAACAAUUAAAGUGUAUUUAAGAAAUAACUGUUAUUGCACGGAAAAAUUACAUUUUUCAGCAAAUAUUUAUACAUUAUUACAUUUAUUUUGCUUUUCAAAUGAUGACCUGUUUAAGCUACCGGUAUUAUCAUAAAGAAGUAAACAUUAAAAUAUUACAUUCA